AUGUCGGAUGUACCAUUGUCUCCCGGAACGUGUCUCGGCAACUAUCAUGUCGUGCGUGCUGUGGGGAGGGGUGAGUUUGGAACGCUGUAUGAGUCGAGGCGGGGCAGGGGGUCGUUCACGCUGAGGGGGAAGAAAGUGGAUGAACAGUGGGCGGUGGACAAUGAAAUCAGUAUGAUGAACGGCUUGCCCCAACACACUCACGUUACCACAUUUCUCGACAGCGUUGCACAUGGAAACACCAUUUAUUUUGUGCUUGAAGACUGCAACAUCGGCACUCUGAAUGACUUUCUGAUAAAGGAAAAACCGCCAGAGCAGUUUCUUCAAAGUCUGAUGUUUGACAUGGCUAAAGGUGUAUUCCACCUGCAUCGGAACAAAAUUGUUCACCGGGACCUAAAUCCCAACAAUGUUCUACUUUCCGCUGGUAACCACCGUCCUAUAUGUAAGAUAUUCAACCUGUCCCUUGCCCAGUACGGCAACUGCCACAACCAGCUGGACUCGGUGCCCAACGUGUUGGAUAUAUCAACCCAUGCUGAUCUUCACCUGUUCUUAACUACCCGGUGUUCAGACAAAUUUUGGCCCCCUGAGAUAAAAGACCCCGGAGACAGUUUUCGUUUCGCAAGUGACAUUUUUUCUCUUGGGCUAAUUUUCUUAUCCAUGGUGUCCUUACGUGUGAAACAUGAUAAAUAUCUGUCCAAAGAUAUUAUUUAUCCCCCAACAGUGAAGAGGAGCAGCGGCGUGACGCCGUUGUUUUUGUGUUCGUUACAGGAUGUGAAAGAAGUGGUGGCGAGUAUCGUCAACUCCGCCGCUGUGCAGGACCUGGUGUGUGGCAUGCUACACCCCACACACGGGAAGAGACCCCAGGCUGGGCAACUUGUGGCAGCUAUGGAGACUUUCGUGGCCCCGGACAGAUCGAUACCAAUAGGCUUUAUUGUGCUACUCAGUCUGGCCGUUCUAUUAAUAGUUGUCAUUGUCACCUGGAAACUGACCUUUGACUAUUAA